AUGAAAAUAAUAAAUAAAUUUGAUGAAGAGAAUAAUUUUCUAUUUAGUAUUUGGAGAAAUAAAUUUUUAAAAAAUUAUAUAAUAAAUUAUAUUAGAUAUUUAAAUAAGAGUUUUAAAAUUACAAUAAAUUCAAAAGAAAGACUAAUAAAUUUUAAAUUUAGAGAGUUUAUAAAACAUUUAUUUUAUGAUACAAAUGAAAAGUUUUCAUAUGGAAAUAUACCACCAAAUGUUAUAUAUUUGGAAUUUAGUUAUAAAUUCAAUCAGCCAAUAUUACAAGGUUCAAUUCCAUCAAGUGUUGAAUCUAUUAAAUUUGGUUCAGAUUUUAAUCAACCAAUUGUUAAAGAUACACUUCCUUUAGGUGUUAAAAAAUUAGAAUUUGGACUUUAUUUCAAUCAACAAUUAUUAGCAGAUUCAGUUCCUCCAAGUGUAGAAUUUUUAUCAUUAGGUCAUAAUUUUGUUCAACCAUUAUCAAAAGAGUUUUUUAAUAGUUUACCAAAUCUUAAAUCUUUAACAUUUAGUGCAAAUUUCAAUCAACCAAUAGCAUCUGGUUUAAUUCCAUCAAGUGUUAAAACUUUAAUAUUACCUUUUGAAUAUAAUCAACAAUUGUUGGUUGGAUCAAUUCCAUUGGGUGUUGAAAAUUUGAAAUUUGGUGAUAAAUUUAAAAGAAAUAUACCAUUUGAAAUAAUACCACCAAGUGUUAAAUCAUUAGAUUUGGGUUUAAAUUUUAAUCAAAGAUUACUACCAAAUUCUAUACCAUCAACUAUUAAAUCUUUAAAAAUUGGUGACGACUUUAAUUUUCCAUUACUUUUUGGUUCCAUUCCAAAUGGUGUUAAAUCUUUAACAUUUGGAAAUAGUUUUAAUCAAGUUUUAUCGGUUGGUUUAAUUCCAAACACUGUUGAAACAUUAACAUUUGGUUGGGAUUUUGCACAAGAGCUAUCAAUUGGUUCCAUUCCAUCAAGUGUUAAAACUUUGAUAUUCUCACCUGCUGGAAUUCUAAAAAAUUUAAUUUCUGGUAUAAUUCCAUCAAGUGUUGAAACAUUAACAUUUCAAUCUCGUUUCAAUCCAAAUUUAUUAAUUGGAACAAUUCCAUCAAGUGUCGAAACAUUAUCAUUCAAAGGUUAUUUCAAUUAUCGAUUAUUACCUGGUUUAAUUCCAUCUAGUGUUAAAACAUUGGAUUUAGGUCAACUCUUUAAUCAACCAUUAGUGGAAGGAUCAAUUCCUUCAAAUGUUGAAUCAUUAACAUUUGGAAUUUGCUUCAAUCAACCUUUAUCACCUGGUAUAAUUCCAUCUAGUGUUCUUCAUUUAACAUUUGGUAAAAAUUUCAAUCAACCUAUACCAGAGGGUGUAAUCCCUUCCAAUGUCAAAUCAUUAACAUUUGGUGAAUGCUUUGACCAACCAUUGGAAAUAAAUUCAAUACCUUCAAAUUUAAAAUCAUUAACUUUUGGAUGUAAUUUUAAUAGAGAAUUAAAUCAAGUUUUACAUUUAUCAAACACCACUAUUGAAACAUUAACAUUUGGUCUUAAAUAUAAUAAACCAUUAUUACCAAAUUUAAUUCCACCCACUGUUAAAUCUUUAACAUUUGGAGAAGAAUUCAAUCAACCAAUAUCACCUAAUUCAAUUCCAUCAAGUGUUGAAUAUUUAAAAUUUGGUUCAAAAUUUAACCACUACUUAUCUCUAGAUUCAAUUCCACCAAAUAUUAGAUCAUUAAUAUUUAAAUCUCCUAACCAAGACCUAUUAUUAACAGAUUCAAUUCCUUCAAGUGUCCAAUCUUUAAAAAUUGGUUGGCCCCUUAAAUAA